AUGGCGUCUACACACCGCCUUCCCGCAGAAGUUUCGGUUCUGUUCGAGCGCGACUCGGCCGGGGCUCUUCCGCCUUUGCGCCCCCAACGGCCGUACUCUGCGGAAGCGAAGUCCGCCAUCGCUGAUAGCACGCUGGCCACCCCCCUGCGCGGAGCACUGCACCUGCUCAACGACGACCUGGAUGCGGCGCACAACCUAGUGCAGACGGACGAGGGCACCCCGCUGUCGGAUCUCGUGCAUGCGGUGCUGCAUCGGCGCGAGGGCGAUUUCUGGAACUCCAAGUGGUGGCUCGACCGCAUCUCCCCCGCGCUCCUCACCACACUCUACGCAAACGGACGAGCAGGAGCGAAAAGGUUCGUCGACGACGUCGAGCGCAUCACAUCCAAGGGCACAGCCACCGCCUGUGCGGCGCAACGAGACGUAGCGGAUGCAAAGGAGUGGCAGUGGAAAGAACUCGUGUCGAUCGCGAAACACGCGUGCAAAGAGUACAAUGUCGAACUGCCAUGA